UUUGAACGCUACAAUCGUUCAACGCGGGGGAGUAUGGACAAUUGUGGGUAUUCUGUAUAUUCUGUAUAUAAGAAAUUUGUUUGCAACAUUUUUUCUCUUGUGAUAAUGGAUUUCGAGAUAUCGAAGGAUUACGCACUAAAUGGACACACUGUAUAUUCAAAACUGUUUGGAUUUUGUAGAAGCUGUUGUAUAAUAUAAUAUAAUAUACGGAUUUACCCUGUACAAUGAAUAAGCAAUUCUCUUAGGAAAUGAUAUUUGGUUAAUACGUUGAUAUUAGCAGUGAUAUCUUGCCACCGGAUGAUGAUGUAUCUGUGGUUUCCAGUACAAUUCCGAUAAUAACGACGAUGUUAUUCUCAUUUAGUGGUGCUAUAUUGUGGAUCUUUGGAUAUGUAUUUCUUGAAGCUUAUUAUUCCGAUAUUGUUGAUAAGAUGUGGUUUAUCAAAAGAAGAGGGAUUUUUCAUCUUGGGAAAUAAGCACUGUAUUACCAACAGAUCAUCUGCCAUUGUUUUCAACAAAUGGCCAAAUCAAAUGAACCAAUAUGAUGACAACCUAAGGUCAUCGUUCUACCCAACCACAUUAGAUUCAUAUAAUUUUGCAUGCGAUUUUGACGGAGAUUGUCGAAACAAGGAUUCCUGGACCAUUAAAACAAACUGGAACUCAAUAACUUCAAUGGAUGGCCCUGUCAAUGAAUAUGUGACUGACAGACGUUGGGAAGAUUUACCGUUAACCAUAACUGUUCCUGCCAAUGGAAGACAAUCAGAUCUCUUCUUUUAUCAAAUGGACAUUUCCAUUAGAAAUGGUUCUUCUUUCACGAUACCACUCUCUGUACGUGGCAAACAGGAUGGACACAUUUUUUUGUGUGAUGAUGAAACUAAGCAUCCAUCAGCUUCCAAUUGUUACUGGAUAAUGCUAGCUGCAUUCAAUGGUGAAAGAUCCGCCAUUCGAAAAUGCACCAGAUAUCAAAUACCGCAUAAGAAUAAUAUUUGGACCCAAGACGCUUCAUGCAAAAAAUUACGAGUUGUAAACGAUAGAAUUGGUGCUUUGGAUGAAAAUAUCUGGAGACACUUCAAAAUUAUGAAACAUGGAUUCAUAUUGAAGGUGUUGAGAGGCAAUGAUGAUUUCUUGGAGUUCCAUGAUAACGAAAGCAAUCCUUUUAAUCCAAAAAAAAUGUGGGUUCAUUCGAAAGCAGUCAAUGUCUUAUGGAAAGUACACCAAUACAAAUAUCUCUACUCUGAUUCGAAGGGUACUGAUCAGUUAGGUCCUUCCUUCCGAAUACAACAAAACACACUCUGUAUUUCAAUGUUCAUGGCACUUUGUGAUACAUGUUCAUUGACACUGACAAUCAAAAUAAACAAGAAGGAGACUUUAUUAAAAGAAACAUUUAAUACCACGAAUGAAGUGUGGAAGCCAAUCAAAGUAAUUUAUGACAACUCGAAAUUGAUAGGUGAGGAAUUAAUCAUGUUUCCUAGCCGGAUACAGAAUGCACCAGACACUGAUAAAGGAAUGUGGGCUUUAGAUGAUGUCAGAUUGUGUAAUAAAGAUGAAUAUAGGUAUUUGAAAUCUGAAGAAACGAAUACUCCUUGUCAAACGAUUGCGAUUCAAGAAGAAACACUUCUGAUUACUGACGGAAAUGAUGAAAUAAAAACUCAUGGUAUAAAAUGUCCAGAAAAUUCAUUUGGCAAACGGUGUAUACCGUGUGCAAUUUUUGGGACGGAUUACUGUUCGAAUUUUGAAUACUGCGAAUAUAUCGAUGGUCAAAAAGAAUGUCAUUGCACACCUGGAUAUGAAGAUAGUUGCAGUAAAGAAUGUAAACUUGGCACCUAUGGUCAUGGAUGUCAAGAAAAAUGCUCUCCAUAUUGUUCAGAUACGAGUUGUCGUCAUAUAGAUGGAUACUGUAUGGAGGAUUGCAAGUAUUCUUUCACAGGACAGAAGUGUGAAAAACCACCUGAACCAUUCUUUGUUCAUCAACCGAUUGUGUCUGACAUCACAUUUUCUUCGACCGAAGUGAAAAUGGAAAAUUUUGAAGUGGUAGGAUAUGAUGACAGGUAUCCUUCCUAUGUUUUUCAGUACAUCGAAGACCCUAAUCAAUUUUCGAAUGAAGAGCAAAGCUCACUUAAGAAUGAUCGGAACUCGUGGAUUCGUGUUGGUGAUAAGUUAACCAUCAACGAAACAAAAAUCGUUUUGAUAACAAAUUUGAAACCAGAUACAUAUUACAGAGUGAGAGCCGUGAUGAAUAUCACUAGAAAUGGUAAAAAAUUGAAAGAAGAUAAGGAUUUCGUGAAGUCUACCAGAUGGAAAACUGCAUGCAAUGAAAUAAGUGAUUCUGACAUCAACAUUGAACCUCAUAAUAUCACUGCAUCAGUAACUGUGAAGAAAAAAGUUGAUAGUUGUAGACUGAAAAACUAUCAUUAUGAAAUAGAAAAUCAUCAGGAAACGUUUGUCGAAGAAUUGUUCAUCAUACCGUCAUUAGAGCCCUACAAAGAGUACAGUCUAACAAUCAAGAAUCGGAUAAAUGGAAAAAAAUUCUCAAUUCGUUUCAAAACUCGCGAAGGAGUACCUUCCGAGGUUAGGAAUAUAACAUAUUCGAAUUCAGUUCAUGGGCUGGAUAUUUCUUGGAUCGAACCAAAACAUAAAAAUGGAAAUAUUCAAUACAAAAUAGAGACGAAGUUACUUCAUAGAGUUCCUUGUACUAUUGAAAGAAAUACCAUCGUCCAUCCAGGAGAAGAAAAAGUUGUCGCGACGCCAAUGAUAAGCUUAGAUAGUUUGGAAUCAUAUUCUACAUAUGGAAUAACUAUUCGAGCUUUCACAAGCUUUGGAUCAGGAGACCCAUUGACAGUUAAUGCUAGUACUUUGCCAUCUGAGCAAUUAACAGAUAAAGAGAAGAUGUCCAUAGCUUCACUGGAACCAUACCAUGAGAGUGCUAGCAUCAGGCUAAAUGAAGUGAGCUGUGAGGAUCUGGAGGGUCAGAUAUAUAUCAGGCUUCAGGCUUCUUGUGGUCACGAAUGGUGUGUUACAACAGCAGUGCAAGAUUACACUUAUAAUUUCAACGGCCCACAUUAUAUUCUGAAUGGGUUGUUACCAUUUUCGAAUUAUACGGUAUUCUUGGAGGGUUCGAGAAAUCUUGAAGCGAAGGAUUGGAUCGGAAUGGAAUCUAAAACUUUUCGAACUAAAGCGACCGUUCCAUAUAAGGUAACAAAAAUUGAAGCUUACUCAAAAGAGAUGAAUUCAGUUUCUCUUCGAUGGCGAUCCCCUUACCCCCCGACUGGUGAUAUAGAAAAGUAUAGGAUUCAAUAUGGAUACACAACAUAUUGGCGAAAUUACCAGUACGAAAUUGAAUCUGAUCCAACCCCUUGCAGGUUAUGGCCUGACUUCCAUUGUGCAGAUAUAAGCAAUAACAUACAGGAGAAUCAUAAAUACUAUAUUACGAUCGAAGCUAAAAAUAAGGGAAUUAAUAAAUAUGGAAAAAGUUCGAACGGAAUAACAGUAGGCAUUAGGGCAGAAGCACCCCAACCACCCUAUCAAGUUCAUCUUUCGUGUGAAGAAAAUAAUGAUUUGAACAUUUCAUGGUACCAUCCCAAUGUGACCAAUGGACUGUUGAAGAGUUUUGAAGUUCAGUUGAAACCCGCAAACCAGAAAGAAAUAACAAGUUAUUACCAAUUAACAUCACAAGAAAACUACAAACUGGUCUACUUCUAUAUGAUUGAAGCAGCUUCACUCGUGAUGUGUACAAAGUAUAAAGUGGCAAUAAGAUCUCACAACGAUUAUUUCCACAGCAUCUUCACACCUUCACAUGACAUCAUUACGCCUCCAGCAUUGCCUACAGACAUUCCCAAAGAAAACAUACACUACAACAGUACCAACACCACCAUAACCAUCAGAAUGGAGUUUCGAGUAUACGAAGACAGGUUUCACAACGAAACCAUUUAUAUCAUUGUAUCCAAGUAUGGUGAAACAGAAGACUUACUAGAAUUCACCAAGAGCUUGCAGGAUGGAAGGGAACCCGUCUUGCAAAGGUCCAAACUAGUAUUGAAAUCAAAAGGAAUGGACUAUCCAAGCAUUUUCGUGAUUGGCGAACAAUUUAUGAAUUCUACUAGUCGUUCUAACGCGCCUUUGGAGCCUGCUACCAAUUACAGUGUUGCUUUGAUAUUCGUAAACGAGUGUUACAAUGUGAGGAGGCUGAAAAUGAUACAGAAAUUCAUGAUAACGAUGGGUGAUCCAAAAUUGUAUGAUCCUGACAGAGAUAUUGGGAAUAUUAUCAAUGAUGAGGACAAAGGGGAUAGGAGCCUCUGGGCUCUGAUUCUUCUCUUGUUCAUUCCAUUAGCAGCAUUUGGAUUCUGGUAUAAAAAACAUAAGCUAUCAUAUGUCGGAACUACAUUAGGACCAAGAAGGGAGUCGCACGUGGAUGAAGUACCAUUAACUGAGCAAAUUACUGGAACUCCUUCUAGAAUCAAUGUAGUUAAACCAAAGAGAUCCGUACCCACGCAAGUGUUGCCACCUCUGCAAACAAAAUACUCGAAAAAGAUAAAAUUAGUUGAUUUUGUGGAUUAUGUUAAAGCAGCAGUAGAGAGUGGGGAAUUGGAAAAUCAGCAUGAUCUGUUUCCCAGAGGACUGUUCCAAAAAUAUGAACGUGGAUCAUUGUUAGAAAAUAAAUCGAAGAAUCGAUACAAAAAUCUUAUAGCAUAUGAUCACACCAGAGUGAAACUCAGAGAAAUUCCUGGAGAAGAAUAUUCUGACUACAUCAACGCAAAUUAUAUAGACGGUUAUAAAAAGCCGAGGGUUUAUAUCGCUACACAAGGACCAAAAAACUCAACUUUGGCUGAUUUUUGGAGAAUGAUAUGGCAAGAGAAUGUGAAAAAUAUUGUCAUGCUGGCUAGUAUAAUGGAAAAUGGAAAGAAAAAAGUAGAGAAAUAUUGGCCUGACAUCAACGAGACUACAAACUAUGGCGGAGUUAAGGUCAAAUUUGUGUCAGCAAAGGUGUUCGCCAAUUUUGACUUACGUAUAUUCACUGUCAUCUAUAGAAAGGAGCAACGCGAGUUGGAGCAGUUACAUUUCACUACUUGGCCGGAUCAUGGGGUGCCACUUUAUCCACAAAGUCUGGUACCAUUUCUUCAAAGAAUGUUGAAAAUUCCUUAUAACCCAUUGUCUCCGAUUUUAGUGCAUUGUAGUGCCGGCGUCGGCCGCACAGGCACCAUCAUUCUGUGCGACAUUUGUCUGCGCAUGGCUGCUGGCGAGAACGCCAUGGAUUUCUUAGCCAACGUAGAAAAUCUGCGAGAGCAGCGUGCAAAUAUGGUCGACAAUGCGGAACAGUAUAAAUUGGCUCAUCUGGUGGUGCUAGAAUGCCUAUUUGGCAUGCGCACCGCAGUACCAUGUUCCAAGGACAUGGAACAUUUGGUGGAAACGGUCCUGCAGAACAACGGGGUGGCUCAGCAAAUGAAAUACCUCGAAGAGACUCAGUGGCAGGACUCUGUAAUGGAAACGAUAAUGGAGAGAGAUACUAGCAUUCCAAUUUGUGCUGAGAAGAACAGGUUCCAAGAUAUCGUACCAGAACGAUACAGAGUGCUCUUGUCGCCUUAUCCCGCAAAUGAUCCGACAUCAUCUUAUAUCAAUGCAGUUUUGGUAGAUGAUUUUCGCAACCCAGGCAGGUAUAUCGUGACCCAACAGCCAAUGCCGAACACUCUGGGAGAUUUUUGGAGACUCGUGAUUGAACGUGGGUGCUCUGUUAUCAUCAAUCUGAACUCAGUGAACCCGAAAGACAAGACUUUGUGCAAGUUUUGGCCAACGAAAGACGAGGACAUGAGUCCUGUGAAUUCCGUGGUUAUUCGACAUGUCACAACAAAGGAGUUGGAAUGUUACAAAAUCGUAACAGUCUUGGUUGAAGUAGAUCAUACUAUGGAGAAGUUUUCAGUAGAUAUCAUAUCAAUGAAGGGAUGGAAACCUGGUAAACUGCUGCCGAUCAAAAUGGAAGAAUUCUUGGCUUUCAGAGAUGCUGCAGAUGCUAUAUCGAGGAAUUCGAAAAAUGUUAUUGUAACUUGCUAUGAUGGUGCAACUGCUUCCGGCUUAUACUUGGCGAUGUCAUUUUUGAUUGAGAGGAUGAAACUAGAACAAGAAUGUGACGUAUGUUUGGCAGUGAGGAGUAUUCGACAUAGCAGAAAGCAUUUCGUUAUCACCGAGAAUAUGACUGAAAAAUAUAAAAAGUGGGAAACAGAAGAGGUCGGCAUUUUGAUUGAAGCUUUUACCUCGAACAUGCUAAUUUAUGGAACCCCAGCAAAAACAUGGGCUAUGAAAACCGAAAUGGAAAAAUGGAUGCGUACAAGCAUAGAUUAA